UCCCGUUGAUCGUGUAUGUCAUUAGAAUCGCAUGGGACUGCACUGCGAGGUCUGCAUAGAGAGACAGACAGUUUGGUGCGAUCUCACUACGGCACCUUCAAUAGAGGAGACUCACCACGCAACAACCAGAACGAGCCCUUUGAGCGGAGAACUAGAGUGAUGGAUUUUGAAGCUGAAUUGCAGAAGGUGUAUGCAGUGUUUGCUCGGAUUUGCAAUCUCGUGGUUCGACUAUUGUGGCAUUGCCUACAUUUUUUAGUUAGCUUGUGGUACUUUGGGUUGCAUAUAGCUGAGGUGCUUGAAAGCUAUCUUAUUUCUGCUGGAAUAUUUAAGCGUUACCGGGCCCUCAAUAUACACAAGCUCCGUUACCUGGCCAUUGUAGUGGAAAGUGAGGAUGCCUACCAAAUUUCAAAAGUUGUCCAGCUUUUGCAGUGGUUGGCAGAUAUUGGUGUGACACACGUAUGCCUCUAUGAUAGAGAAGGCAUACUGAAGAUGUCAAGGGGAUCUAUAUUGGACAAAUUGAAAAACGUGAAAUUAUUUGAGGAUGUUGAUGAAAAUGAAUCCCUAACGGACCAGCAACUCAUGACACUAGAAUUUGCUUCAUUCUCUGAUGGAAAGGAAGGGUUGGCCAAGGCAGCAAACUUACUUUUUAAGGAGUAUUUGAAGUUGGGUGGACUCAGCAGAGAGCAGGAAGAGCAAAUCUUUACUGAAUCACACUUGACUGAGGCACUAAGAACUGUUGGUUUCAAGGGGCCAGACCCUGACCUCCUUCUUGUUUAUGGACCUGCAAGGUGCCACCUUGGUUUCCCUGCGUGGAGAAUUCGAUAUACUGAGAUUGUGCAUAUGGGACCUUUGAUGUCCAUGAAGUAUGGUUUACUCAUAAAGGCCAUUUACAAAUUCACUAUGGUGCGCCAAAAUUAUGGUUUUUGAGCUACUACAAUCAUAUUCAUGGGCAGCCAUAGUCAGCUUCAUUAAAGGGGCACCAGAGUCUCUACACAACUUUUACUAGUUAUUUUGAGCAUUUACAGAACCUAGUGAAUUUUAAACUACUCACUGAUAUGUACAUAGUUAGUCGACUAGUUUACCAUAAAAUGUCUGUUGUUACUUAAAAAUUACCAAGUAUGGUAUCUUAUGAAAUGCUGUAUACCAAUGUGCUUGCUCAAGUAUCCAAUUAAUGGACAACAAGAGCUGGAACUUUAAACUGAAUGUUAUGAUUCCUUAAGAGGAAUAAGAACAGUAAUGAAAACACUA